GCAAAAAAACUUAAGAUUGACAAUAAAUAAAACGAAAACAAUAAAAAUAAAAGCGAUGAUUUCAUUUUGCCUUGAGAAAGAAGAAACAAAAACGGAUGAAAAAAAACUUCACUGAUUUUUUUUCUUGACUAGCUUGUUGUUGCUUCCGUACUUCGCCGCAGCGACGAGACAAGUUUUUUUUAUUGUUGACGCUACUGAGCAGUUCAAGUGACAGCGGGAGUGAAACAACCACAACAACAAAAAGAAAAACCCAAUUGUAAAAAUAAAAACAAAAAUUUAGAAAAAGAAAAAUAAAACAAUAGAAAAAAAAUAAACGUAAAAAAACAACGUAGAAAAAUCAGUUGCUUUAACAAAAAAAAAAAACUGUUGAAAAAAAAGAGAAAAUGUGGCAGAGUGUGGGAUUUUCUUAAGACAAACACUUGUUAAUUAAUUGAUUUUUCACCAGCAACUUUAACAAAAUUAUAACUACAGUGCUACUUACAUGUGUUUAUCUUACUUUUAUUUAUAUUUUAUCUUUUCUUUAUAGAAAAAAAAACUUGUGAAAAUUGUGAAAAUUUUUUAAAGAAAAAGAACGAAACGACGACGAUAUUAAAACAGGGAAAGCAAAUUUAAAAAAGAAAUAUUAGAUACAAACAAAAUCUUUGAACAAUUUUUUUUUACACAUUUCUAAAAAAAUUGCUUUAAAAGACUUUCCUCCCGAAUUAAAAACCUAAAACCAGGAAGGAUUUAUAUUAGAUUUUUUUCCUGGAUUUUAAACGAAACUUUUGCUCACUGAACUCUUUGAUAGAGUCUCUUAACACAAUCCUCCCAAAACCAACAAAAACAAACACACACACAUACAGAAAACGACCUCAUACAAACAACAGAUAAAACAUGAUGGAAUCACCUCCACUGUUUAAUAGUGUUGAAGACGAAUGUCGUUAUUGGAAGGAAAGGGCUAAACUUUAUCACAAAGAGUGGACAGAUGUUAAGCAGGAGUAUGACGAAUACGUUGAGCAAUCACGUGAAAUGGAAGCCGAAAUGGAUGCUACUAUUGAUCAAAAACAGGCAACAAUUAAAGAUCUCAGAUUUAAAUUAUCAUCAGUGGAAAAAGAAAAUGAAUCACUUAAGAUCAAACUCGAAUCACAUAGUAUGGAAUUAAAUAGCAUUGAAAAACAAUUGGAAAAUAUGAAAAAAGAACGAGAUUCCAUGAAAGACUACCUGCGACAGUUGGAACAGAAAAAUGAUGAUUUAGAACGAGCGCAUCGUAUACUAAAUGAAAGUAUUGUAGAUUUUGAACGAAUGCUGGAUAAAGCAUAUGAAAAGAAUGCAUUACUUGAAAUGGAAGUAGAUGAAAAAGAAGUUUUACAAGAAAAACUACAAAGAUUAAUGGAUGAAACGAGAGAUCUUAAACAAGAACUUAAUGUGAAAACACGUUACACCUCCACAAAUGGUACACAGAAUGGCGGUCUGGUGAUGGGUUCUGGUUCUGAAGUUACCACACCCAAUGGCAUUAAUGGUGAUAUAAUGUUGCAAUCGCACGAUACAGCAACUCUUAAUAAUACCAAUACGUUAGGAACAACAAAUAAUACAGCAACAAAUAUUAAUGAUUAUCAAUUACAACAACGUUCAUUGAAAAGAAAACCAUUUGCCGAUCCGGAUAAUUUACUUAAUGGUAAUGCAAUGACUGCUAGUUCACGUACAACAGCAUUUAACAUUGUCACUGAUAUGCUCAGAAAAUUAAAUUUGGAUAAAGCACUUUUAUGUCCUCAAUGUGAUCGUUUUAGUUGUAUAUGUGAAAAAACAAAAGUCAACACCAACGUCAGCAGCACCACCACCACCACCAACUCCUCCUCUUUAUUGCGUCGCUCAACCAGUCGCAGUAAUACAAGUUUAAAUUUUGGUUCAAACAUUUUCAAACGUUUUGCUGAACGUAUGAGUUCUAAUAAUAAUAUUUUUGCUGCAACUUUAAGAAAUUCCUCCAAUAGUAGUGAAAUACCAAAUAAUAUAAAUAUUUAAUUUGUUUUAAACCUAGAAAAACAUAGAGAUUAAUUUAUAAUGGACUGAUGAAAUUAUACAAAGCUUAACAAUACAAUUUAAUCAUAGAAAUACUAGUGUUCGUUUUGGUAGCUU